AUGAAUGCCAUCAUGGUUUCACCCGCGCGCGCCGAUCCGCCCUUCCCCGUGGAGCGCCUCCCCGACGACGUUCUCGCGCUCGUCUUCCGCUCGCUCGCGCGAACCUCCUUCCGCCACGCGCUCGUUUCUAAGCGCUGGUACCGCCUCGCCACGUCUGCGCUCUCCCACUUGACCAUUCGGCAUCGGAAUCUAUCGAUGCAAGAAAUACAAGAUUCUGACCACUUCCGCAACGCGCAGCUUGCCUGGCUCCCGCUCCCGCGCCUUCUUUCCGCGCUGCGACGCUUUCCCACCCUCACGCACGUGUCGCUGGGCGAGUUCUCGAUCGUAUCCGCCGACGGCGACGCGCUCUUCCAAUGCCUGGCCGCCACGUGUCCGUUCCUGAGCCAUUUAACAGUGGAGCAUCAGAUUCGCAUGGCGGUUACGGUGAACGGCCUCGCGUCACUCUUCCGUGGAUGCCGCAAGCUCAGGGAACUCCGCCUGCUCACCACCGACGGCCUCCCGCAUCUCCCGCCGUCCCUCUCGCUCCUCACAGAUCUCCAAACCCUCCACGUGUGCGCUCAUCCUCUCUAUGGCGAUGACUCGCUUCAGGAGCUCGUUUCGCCGCCCGAGAGCAUCGGCGCGCUGCAGCAGCUGCGGGAGCUGCGGAUCCGCGCGGGAUCGAGUUUCCAGGGUCUGGGGGAGUGCGUGGGUCGCCUCACUAACCUUCGGAAGCUGAGCAUCGGUACUACUCAUCUCUCAAGAACCGUCACGAAGCUUCCCGACGCGAUAGGCGAUUUGGAUCGGCUGGAAAGCCUGGAAGUCGAGCUGGACGGGCUCGAGUGCCUUCCGGAAUCCCUCCAACUGCUGACCGGGCUGAAAACCCUCUCUCUCCAAUCCAACCGUCUGCAGCGCAUACCCGAACAUGUUAUAGCGGGGCUGACUCAGCUGCAGUCUCUCUCCCUCCACGCCUGCGAUUCCCUCGGGAUUCUCCCAGAGAGCAUCUGCUUCCUCCCCCUCUCCUCCCUCUCCGUCUCCUCCUGCCCCUCCCUCACCUCACUCCCACACCACAUCGACGCCUUGUCCCAACUGCAAACCUUAAAGCUCCUCUCCCUUGAUAAUUUCCGGGUUCCGCCCCAAAGCGUGGGUAAUUUCCCCCAGUUAAAAACGCUCGAGCUGGACCUGCCCGCGCUGGAGCAUCUGCCUGAGAGAUUCGUACCUAUCUGUGCUGUUGUUUCUGCAGCAAAUAGCAUGGAACAACACCCGGGCUUAUUUUCCCUCACCGAAUUAAAGGUUUCAGACUGCCCGCUUAUCGCCUCCCUCCCAAAAAACUUCUCCUUCCCUGCCCUGCACACGCUCACCCUGCAUUCUCUGGGCAAUCGGGAAGAUCUCCUGGACUUAACCAGCAGGCAGCUGCCCCAACUGCAGCGGCUGGAGUUGGAGGGGGUGGGUGGUGAGGCUGACCCAUGGCUGCUUGACUGCCUUCCCGGUGUGCGGUCGGGGAGAACGUGGCUUCUGCUGCAUGUCAGAGCUCUGUUUGUGCUUCUGCACGUGGUGGAUUCAUUGCUGCAGCUGGCUGUGCUGCUGAUGAGGGCGGGUUGUUCAGGGCUGCAGGGUGCUUGCAGUUGCGUCCAAGCGAUGGCGUUUGUCCCUUUCUCUAGCCGCUUGAAUGCCAUGGUUUCACCCGCGCGCGCCGACCCGCCCUUCCCCGUGGAGCGCCUCCCCGACGACGUUCUCGCGCUCGUCCUCCGCGCGCUCGCGCAGACCUCCUUCCGCCACGCGCUCGUUUCCAAGCGCUGGCUCCGCCUCGCCACGUCCGCGCUCUCCCACUUGACCAUUCAGCAUCGCGGACCUAAACCAGAUUAUUUAACCUUUAUUGAGAUGCAAACUUCUGAGCACUUCCGCAACGCGCAGCUCGCGUGGCUCCCGCUCCCGCGCCUUCUUUCCGCGAUGCGCCGCUUCCCCAACCUCACGCACGUGUCGCUGAGCGUUUUUUCCAUCGUAUCCGCCGACGGCGACGCGCUCUUCCAAUGUCUGGCCGCCACGUGUCCGCUCCUGAGCCAUCUAACGGUGGAGCAUCAGUUUCGCAUGGCGGUUACAGUAGACGGGCUCGCGUUGCUCUUCCAUGGAUGCCGCAAACUCAGGGAAUUUCGGCUGCUCACCACCUUCUGCCUUCCGCAUCUCCCGCCGUCCCUCUCGCUCCUCACGGACCUCCAAACCCUCCACGUGUGCGCUCAUCCUCUCUAUGGCGAUGACUCGUUACAGGAGCUCGUUUCGCCGCCCGAGAGCAUCGGCGCGCUGCAGCAGCUGCGGGAACUGCGGAUCCGCGCGGGAACGAGUUUCCAGGGCUUCUCCAGAACCGUCACGAAGCUUCCCAACGCGAUUGGCGAUUUGGCUCGGCUGGAAACCCUAGAAAUCGAACUGGACGGGCUCGAGUGCAUUCCGGAGUCAUUCCAACUGCUGACCGGGUUGAAAACCCUUUUUCUCCAAUCAGAGAAUCUAGAAUGCCUGCCCGAAAAUGUUAUGGCGGGGCUGACUCAACUGCAACAUCUCUCCCUUCACGCCUGCAAUGCCCUUGAGAUUCUCCCAGAGAGCAUCUGCUUCCUCCCUCUCUCCUCCCUCUCCAUCUCCUCCUGCUCCUCCCUCACCUCACUCCCACACCACAUCGGCGCCUUGUCCCAUCUGCAAACCCUAAAGCUCCUCUACCUGGAUAAUAUCCGGGCUCUGCCCGAAAGCAUGGGUAAUUUACCCCGGUUGAAAACGCUCGAGGUGAACCUGCCCGCGCUGAAGCAUAUGCCCGAGGGAUUGUGUGAAAGCAGCCUGCAAGCGUGCCUGGGAAAGCUGAGCCUGUGCAACUGCGAGCAGCUAAGGGAGCUCCCCCACUCACUGUACAAGCUGACUCGUUUACAAUCACUCCAUAUCGAGUCAUGCUCCCAUGUAAAGUCUCUGAAACCGCUGACCCCUCCAACUCCCCUUGAAUUGUAUGAAAAGGUGGGAAGUUCAAGUGAGACGGAAUCGUACAGUCUGGCAGAAAAGGCAAUCACUGCCGCACUAUGCACUGCUGCUGUCUUUGCUGCCAUGCUGCUCAUCUCCCUGCCGCUGCUCACCGUGCAAGAGCUCAUAGCACCGCUCUCCACCGCAAAUGGCAUCAGACCUCCUGUGCUGCUUGUCCCUGCUGCCGUGCUCGCUUUCGCUGGCGCUAGAAGCGGCAGUGCCAUCACCUUCGUUGCAUCGCUGCUUCUUGUUGUGGUGCUGCUGCUGCUGAUCUCUCUGGUGCCCACUGCGUGGCUCUAUCCUGCCAUGCUGCUUGCUGCUGCGUUGCUGGUGUUCCUGUUCCUACAUACAGCUGCCUCUGCCUCAGCCCCUGCCCCUGCCUUUGCCUCUGCCUCUUCCUUUGCCUCUCCCUCUGCCUCUGCCUCUUCCUUUGCCUCUCCCUCUUUCUCUGCCCCUGCCUAUCUAUCUAUCCCUGUCUAUGAUUCUAACACCGAACAACACCCAGGCCUAGUGUCCCUCGCAGUAUUAGAUGUUAUCAACUGCCCGCUCAUCUCCUCCCUCCCAGAAAACUUCUCCUUCCCUGCCCUUCACACCCUCACCCUGCAUUCCUUGGGCAACCUGGAAGACCACCUGGACUUUGCACCCAGGCAGCUGCCGAAGCUGCGGUAUUUGGAUCUGGAGGGUUUGGGUGGUGACGAGACUGACUCGAGCCUGCCUGGCUGCCCUGUGCGAGGUUCGGCAGGGCUGCUCUUGCAAGCACUGGGGUGCCAUUUGACAGCGUUCUCUGCAUGCCAAUACAGGCAGUAG